AUGUCUACGAAACAUCAUUUAGGCGAUUCUCCCAUCAGCUAUCAUCCAUCAGCUGCAUCCGGCUGGGCUGAUCAUGACUCUCCUAGAAUUCGAAAGACCUCGAAAGCAGGAUUUAGGCCCAUUGGGGAGCCUAGCUCAGCGGUUAAAUUGUUUUUCCCGCGUGAUGAAGACGACGAUGAAGCUGGUCCCGCCUCUCAACAUAAAUCCCCCGCCUCCCCUCAGAUUCAUUCAGAAGUCCCCGCGAAGCGUGCUCGCGAUGAAGGUGCUCUUCCGGCUCCCCAGCCUAUGCAGGUCCUGCCUUCAAUUGUCCGUGACUCACUGAAAGCUUCCAUUGUACCGAAGCCGGCAGGCAGUGGCGAUGUUUCCGUCAGUCCUGCCCAACAGUCGCAUACAGUGGAGCCAGACACGGAAGGGACGCCACGGCCGUCCUCUCCAUCGGGGACGACCUGCAAGGACCUCUAUGCCAUUGUCUCUCAGGUUGGCGAAGGCACAUUCGGCAAGGUUUAUAAGGCUCGCAAUGUCAUCACCAAUGUCCACGUGGCGCUCAAGCGAAUCCGCAUGGAAGCAGAAAAGGAUGGCUUUCCAGUUACUGCGAUGCGGGAAAUCAAACUGCUGCAGUCCUUACGACAUCAGAACGUCGUCCGCCUUUACGAGAUGAUGGUAUCAAACGGAUCUGUGUACAUGGUGUUUGAGUACAUGGACCAUGACCUUACAGGGGUUUUAUCUCAGACACAAUUCUCGUUUUCGGAGGCCAAUCUGAAGUCACUGUGCAGCCAAAUGCUCGCUGGGCUGGCAUAUCUGCACCGCAAAGGCGUCAUCCACCGUGAUAUCAAGGGUUCCAACAUUCUUAUCAAUAACCGAGGGGAACUGAAACUCGCCGACUUUGGUCUGGCGCGCUUUUACCAGAAACGCAGGCGAAGUGAUUAUACCAAUCGCGUCAUCACUUUAUGGUAUCGACCGCCAGAGUUGCUCUUCGGUGCUACGGUAUAUGGGCCGGAAGUUGAUAUGUGGAGUGCCGGCUGCAUCAUGCUGGAGCUUUUCACCAAGAAACCAGUGUUUCAGGGCAAUGAUGAAAUCCAUCAGUUGGAUGUGAUUUACCGAAUUCUUGGAACUCCAUCUACUGAGCGAUGGCAAGGGCUCACCGCACUGCCAUGGUAUGAGUUGGUCAAGCCGAAAGAUGUGAUUCAUGGUCAUUUCCGCGACUUGUUCUCUCGAUGGUUAUCGCCCGCAGCCCUUGACUUAGCUGAGCGGCUUCUUGCUUAUGAUCCGACGCAGAGAGUUACUGCCCUUGAGGCUCUCGAGGCUCCCUAUUUCAAGGAAGAGCAACCUCCACCUGAGUUGCCUGUUGACCUGUCCACUUUAGAAGGUGAAUGGCAUGAGCUGGAGACCAAACGGGAGCGAGCCAAAAAGCGUCGCAAACUAGAAAACGGGCUCGUAUAA